AUGAAGAACCAUACAAAACAGAGAGAAUUUAUCCUUCUGGGACUGACAGAUAACCCUCAGUUACAGAUUGUAAUUUUUUUAUUUUUACUUCUGAAUUACUUGCUGAGCAUGAUAGGAAACUUAACCAUUAUUGCCCUCUCGCAAAUGGAUCCCCAUCUCAAGACCCCAAUGUAUUUCUUCCUCCAAAAUUUCUCUUUUCUGGAAAUAUCAUUCACAAGUGCUUGCAUCCCCAGAUUCCUAAACACCAUUGUAACCAAGGAAAAGACCAUUUCUUAUAGCGGUUGCAUAUCUCAGUUAUUUUUUUACUUUUUCUUGGGGGCUGCAGAGUUUUUCCUUUUGGCAGUUAUGUCCUAUGACCGCUAUGUUGCCAUCUGCAAACCUUUGCAUUACACAACCAUUAUGUGCAGCAGAGUUUGUCACCAGCUUGUACUCAGUUCUUGGGCAACUGGACUCUUGGUGAUUUUCCCACUAUUGAGUUUUAUUGUUAACCUGGAUUUCUGUGCUUCAAAUAUCAUUGACCAUUUCAUUUGUGACAUUUCUCCUGUCCUGCAACUUUCUUGCUCAGACACACAUUUACUAGAACUGAUUACGUUUUUCUUAGCUGUGAUAACCCUCCUUGUCACCUUGUUAGUAGUAAUCCUUUCUUACUCUUAUAUCAUCAAGACAAUCCUAAAAUUCCCCUCAGCUCAGCAAAAGAAAAAAGCCUUUUCUACCUGCUCUUCUCACAUGAUUGUUAUAACCAUCACUUAUGGAAGUUGUAUAUUCAUCUACAUAAAGCCAUCAGCAAAUGAAAGAAUCACUUUAAGUAAAGGAGUAGCUGUCCUUAAUACUUCAAUUGCUCCUUUGUUGAACCCAUUCAUUUAUACUCUAAGAAACCAGCAAGUUAAACAAGCCUUCAAAAAUGUAUUUAGAAAGUUCUGUUCUUCAGAGUGA